CGAUACCCUGUGAUGUACCGCCUAUCCAACCGGGCGUCACUAUUGCCAUGCGCCAUGUGGAAUACGCCGGUGAACCGGAAGCACUAUGCAGCUCGGGGUGAAAUCCUCUUUUCAAGCCGCCUGGGAUCUUGAACUCUCGCGGAAACAGGUAUGCCCAGCCAAGCCACAGACACGGUACCGGCCACGGAACGGGAGAUGCAACAGACUCAAGUGGAAACCGGCUCUGGCACAGAAUCAGACAGCGAUGAUUCCAUACCGGAACUGGAGGAACCGGACUCGACACAAACACGGACGCAGCAAGCGCAGCUUGCAGCAGCUGCAGAGAUUGAUGAGGAACCCGUUAGCAAAGCCAAGCAAAGCCGAAGUGAAAAGAAGGCGCGUAAGGCAAUGUCCAAACUGGGUCUGCGACAGGUGACGGGAAUAACCAGGGUGACGAUCCGGAAAUCAAAGAACAUCCUCUUUGUUAUCACUAAGCCAGAUGUUUACAAGAGUCCCGCGUCAGACACCUAUAUCGUUUUUGGGGAAGCCAAGAUCGAGGACCUUUCACAGCAGGCCCAGCUGGCUGCAGCGGAGAAGUUCAAGGUCCAAGGCGAAGCGGCCUCAAGUACCCAGGAGAAAACGCAGACACCCACCGUGCAGGAGGAGAGCGAGGAGGAGGAGGUUGAUGAGACUGGGGUGGAAGUGAAGGACAUUGAGCUGGUGAUGUCUCAAGCUAAUGUGUCUCGGGCAAAGGCUGUACGCGCCCUUAAAAACAACAACAAUGACAUUGUCAAUGCCAUCAUGGAGCUGACUAUGUAGACGCAUCAACUUGAGUCAUGGUGUUUCAAGAACUUGAUGAAUCUACACCACGUUUUUGUAUUAUUUAUAACCUUGUGACUUCUGACCUCCCCAUCUGGGUUUCUCUUAUGGCAAUUGCUCUGAUUUUGUUUUUCACAAAAAAAAAAAAACAAAAAAAAACACUGCUCACAUUAGUGUCCUUGGCUUAAAGUGAAAAUGCACUCUGCAGUCACAUCUGAAAUCAACACAUCCAAGAAGAAUGUUCAUGCCCCUAUUUUCUUUAGCCUUUUUUCCUAUUAAUUGUGCUGUUGUAUUUUAUAAUAGUCAUGUCCAGUGUGCAUUGACAGAAUAAACACUGAAUGUGUAACAGUUGUGAAUUUUAAGAUCAAAUUUGAUUUUGAAUCUGAGUGUGGCAGUCCCACCUGCUAGAUCCGGAGUGAUUAUUUUCAUCUUGUUCUAGUAUGAGGCACUGUGUUGCUUUAUGGGUUAGGACUCUGUGUCUGUGAUUGGAAGCUUGCUGGUUCAAAUCCCAGGGAUAGCAGAGUGACUUCACUAUGGGGCUCUUAUGUAAGGCCCUUAACCCUGAUUGCUCCAGGGACUGGCUGACCUUGCUUUCUCAGUUUUAUGUCUCUUGGGAUACAUGUUAGCUAAGUGUAAUGUAAACAACUGAAAUUCAGUCAUUUACAAUAAGUCAGAUUGUGGGUAGAGUGAUGUAAUCCUCGUAAUUUAUUACCAACAUAUUUUUAACAUGGAAAUUAUUUCCUUAAUAGUUAUUGCAGUACCAACAUACUGGUGCUGGUCAAGUUCCUCAUUUUCUAGCAAGAUAUGAACAAUGAAGGAACAAACAGAUUGUAAUUGUCAAAAGGCAAAUAUCUAAAAGGAAAUCCCUUAAGUAAGAAUUUUAUACAGUCCCCUGUUGUAACACAUGAACAGUUACCAUCUGUACAGAAAAACUAGCUUAGCAGAUCUGGUUUUGCGGUCGUUGAUGCUUUAACACACACCUAACAGAUUUUUAAAGGUCUGUUUUUGUUUUGGUAAAUAUUUAGUUUCCAAUAAAGCAUUUGAUUUUCCAUGGCACAAAA